UGUCAGGAAAGUUUUUCCCCCAUUGUAUAACAUGUUAAAGGAUUGGUUGCAUGAAAAUCUCCAGAAAGCGACACGCCCUCUGCGCUAAUAAUCUGCACACAUUCACGCAGAACACUAUCUACGUGGACUCUUGGAGCAUGUAGACUACUGUACUCUGGGCAGCUGUGCAGAAUUUCGUAUUGUGCUUUGUCAGAAUGCUAACAGAAAGACAGCAGAAAAAAUAGGACAUAUAAAAAAGAAACAUGGAAGAGACUAGAAGCAUUAGCACUGCUGAUGGCGCUGCUAUGGACCCACAGGACCAAAAAGAGUUCACAGAUCCCAACCAGCCCGAGGCCAGAGAGAAAUGGGCCAAUAAGACUGAGUUUUUGCUGUCCAUGGCUGGAGAGAUCAUAGGCUUGGGAAAUGUGUGGCGCUUCCCCUACCUAUGCUACAAAAAUGGAGGCGGUGUGUUUUUCAUCCCUUAUUUCAUCUUCCUGUUCUUUUGUGGAAUCCCAAUAUUCUUCCUGGAGACUGCAUUGGGUCAGUACACCAGCGAGGGAGGCGUGACCGCUUGGAGAAAAAUCUGCCCUAUGUUUGAAGGGGUCGGUGUUGCCUCUCAAGUUAUAGUUGUAUAUCUCAAUAUAUAUUACAUUGUUGUUCUGGCUUGGGCACUGUUCUAUCUGUUCAACUCUUUCUGGAGUACUCUACCUUGGACUUCCUGCAACAACUAUUGGAACACAGAAAACUGCCAAAAUGUAAGUGUUUCAUACACAGGUGUGCAGAGAUCUCCCACAGACUGGUCUUUCCUCUUCAAUGAAACAGAGAAAUUUGGCCACAAUUACAGCUUGAGUUCUCAAAAUGGAUCUGAAUGGCCGCCUUUAAAAAUAAUCUUCCCUGAACAAGAUUACUGGUUUCAUCGCAUGUUGCGGGUAUCAAACAGUGGUGGUCUGGAGAGCGUGAAUGCUGAUCUUGCCAUGUGUCUUCUGCUGGCUUGGGUCAUCUGUUAUUUCUGCAUCUUUAAAGGGGUCAAGUCCUCAGGCAAGGUUGUGUACUUCACAGCUACGUUCCCAUACCUAAUGCUAUUCAUCCUGUUCAUUAGAGGUGUAACCCUGCCUGGGGCUUCAACGGGCAUUACUUAUUACCUUUAUCCUGACAUCAGUAAACUCUCCAACCCUGACGUUUGGCGUGAUGCAGGUACUCAGGUGUUUUUCUCGUACGCCGUGUGUCAAGGAGUCCUCACAGCGCUGGGCAGUUACAACAGAUACCACAAUAACUGCUAUAAGUCUGUAAAAUUCUGUGUUAAUGUUCAACAUCGCACCUGCCUCACUCCUGAUGUGGCAGAUAUAAGUACUUUGUCAUUUAUCGUUGUAUAUUUGUAUCCUGUGUUGCACAGGGAUUGUAUAGCACUCUGCGUGUUGAACAGCUCAACCAGCAUCUUUGCUGGGUUUGUGGUCUUCUCUAUCAUGGGGUUCAUGUCCGAACAGCUUGGUUUACCCAUGGAGGAUAUUGUAUCAUCAGGUCCUGGAUUAGCUUUUAUAGCAUAUCCCAGAGCUCUGUCUCUGUUACCUGGACCCCAGUUCUGGUCAUUUCUGUUCUUUCUUAUGAUACUUUUGCUGGGCCUUGACAGCCAGUUUGUGUGUGUGGAGAGUUUAGCCACAGCCCUCACUGAUCUGUUUCCUGGACAUUUACGCAAACGACGUGAGCUUUUAGUGUUAGCCAUCGCUGUUGUGUGCUUCCUACUGGGUCUUCCAUUCAUCACAAAGGGAGGAAUCCAUCUGUUCAAUGUGAUGGACACCUAUGGCCCCAGUGGAACCAACUUGCUCUUUAUCGCCUGCUUUGAGAGCGUUGUUGUCGCAUGGGUCUAUGGUGCAAAUCGUUUCAACGACAACAUUGAGGAUAUGAUAGGAUAUGCACCAUUAGGAAAUGGAGUGCUGAAGUACUGCUGGCUCUUCAUUACUCCUUUCAUCUGUGGCGCCACCCUGCUAUAUAACCUGCUGGGUAGUAGAAAUGUGUCCACUGAUGAAUUUGUGCCCGACUGGACUUACAAAAUUGCACCUCUGUUCACGUUCAUUCCUAUGAUCUGUAUUCCAAUGUUUGUCCUCAUCUCCAUACGAAAGGGUCCUGGCAUCAUCACUCCCUCUAGUGACCUAAAGCAGAUCCGACCGAACAGUCCACGUCUUACAAUUUUUAAUCGAGUUAUCUUUAAACCACAAAUAUCCCAGAGCAAUCAGGAAGAUGUAAAAGAAAAAGCCACAGCAGACUUCACCAGUGGAGUUUGAGGAUGCACCAAUGUGCAGGAAAUUAUGCUGUAUGACUUUCUUUGCUUUUAUAUUAGUUGCUAUACACCGUAAAAUGUGCAUUUAUUACCUUUACAAAUUUUACUUCGUAUUUUCUUUACUUAACGGGCCCUUUAAAUGACUUUUUCUGACCCUACAUUAUUUGAUCAUGUUUAGUUAUUCAUAUAAUAAUAUUUUUUACUUGAAAUGAUGAGGCAUCUUUAGAACAUUUUACAUUGUAUUAUGUUGUUUGUUAUAGAUUGGUAUAAAUGUUACGUAGGGCUAUACUGAAGGCACAGCUGAUUAGCAAGUUAGCAUUCAUUGACAAUGUGUUAUACUUAAAGUAUGAAUUGACAAUGUUCUAUACUGUACAUGUUUUUAUUUUUUCUACACAAUAUUCUCAGGAUAACUGAAACUGGAGCUUAGUGCAAAUGAGGCAGUUUAUGUAAUUAAAUAUAUAACAUUAAGAUUAUUUGAAGCUGUGUAUUAUUAAAAGCAUUAUAAAAGUAAACAGCUUAAAUAAACAAAACUUGAAAGGUAUUGUGAAAAGAUACUUAGGAUAGUAUUAAAAAACUGAAUACCAAAAAUGUCUUUGGAAAAUCUGUUACAGUCGUUCCAAAAUAAAAUAUAUUUAUGGAGUACUCUGCAUUUUUCAACUAGUUUCAUAUAAAUGACCUAUGUUUGAGAUAUUAUAAGUCAUUUUAAUUAUUUUGUCAUCUGUUUUUGUUGGUGAAGAGAAGUUAAUUCAUGCAUUCAUGACAUCAAGACUAGACUACUGUAAUGCACUGUUAGGUGGUUGCCCUGCAGGCUUAUUACAAAAACUCCAACUGGUCCAAAACGUGGCAGCUCGAGUUCUUACACGUACAAAAAAGUAUGAACAUAUUAGCCCGGUUCUGUCAACCUUGCACUGGUUACCUAUAAAGCAUCGCGUUAACUUUAAAAUCUUGCUUAUUACCUAUAAAGCCCUACAUGGUUUAGCUCCUCAAUACUUGAAUGAACUCCUUUUGUAUUACAGUCCUUCACGUGCAUUACGCUCUCAGGCGUCCUGUCAGUUGGUAAUACCUAGAAUUUCAAAAUCAAGUGCAAGUGGUAGAUCCUUUUCCUAUCUAGCGCCUAAACUUUGGAAUAGUCUUCCCUGCACUGUCCGGGAGGCAGACACACUCUGUCAGUUUAAAUCUAGACUAAAGACGCAUCUUUUUAAUCUUGCAUACACUAUACUCUUCCAUAAUAUAAAUCCUCUGAGGGUUUAGGCUGCAUUAGUUAGAUCAACCGGAACCAAAAACACAACUGAUGUACAAAGUACUUGUUGCAUCAAAGAGUGCAGAACAGUACUCUACUCUCAGCCAGUCUUGUCUCAUUGUUCCAAGGUUACCACAGCGAGCAGGAUGCAGUUCAUGGCCUGACCUGAUGGUAGAGCGGAGACCUGACAAGAGCGGAGAUGAUAGAGCUGGAUAAAGAAGGACGCGGUCACCUGACACGUCUUCAUGGCCUGACCUGAUGGUAGAGCGGAGAAUGGGAAGCGGCGACCUGACAAGAGCUGAGAUGAUAGAGCUGGAUAAAGAAGGACGCGGUCACCUGACACGUCUUCAUGGCCUGACCUGAUGGUAGAACGGAGAAUGGGAAGCGGCGACUUGACAAGAGCUGAGAUGAUAGAGCUGGAUAAAGAAGGACGCGGUCACCUGACACGUCUUCACCACAAAAUUUCAAAUGCUAUUAGAUUAUUAAUGAUAAUCUUAAACUAUAAUUUACCUCAUUAGUAAGUUUAUUUAUUUUAUUUAGCCUUGUUGUGCAAGCUCUCUGGAGCUUGUGCAGAGGCAGCAGCUUUUGCCAGAGGGGAACUGGACUCCCCUGAUUGGGCCUGGGUUCUCCUGAGGUUUUUUUUCUCGAUUAGAGUUUUGGGUCCACCGUUUGCAUACUGUUUUUUGCACUAUUUGCCUAGCCGGGGGGCUGCUUUAGAAUUUUAAAGUUUUACUUAAUUAAUAUUGCAUAUAGGAAUUUAUAGUCUGUUAUAUUUUACCUGUGCUUCUCUCUCCUUUAUCUUAAAUGUGUGCUCUCACUGAGCGUGUGUGUGUGUGUGCGUGCGUGCGUGUCUGUGUGCGUACUUGUCUGUGUACGUGUGUGUGUGUGCGUGCGCGUCCGUGUGUGUGUGUCUAUGUCUAUGUGUGUUAGUACGUGUACAUAUUGUGUGUGUGGAGUGUUUUGUAUGUGGGUAUGUCUGUCUUCUGUUUUUUUAACUUUUUCUUGUUUUUGCAGGUACAACUUUAAUUGUUUUGCUUAAAGUCAAUAUGUCUUAUGUACAGCUGCUUUGUAACAAUGAAAAUUGUAAAAAGCGCUAUAUAAAUAAAGUUGAGUUGAGUUGAAUUGGUGCCUGGUACAGUGAUGUAAUCCUCUUUUAACUUGUAUCCUUCCUAUUAUAUCAUUCAAACAUAUUGUUCUUCUGCAUACCUGGAAGGUAAAUGUCUGUUUGUUUUAUGUAGACAAUCUGUUCUUUGUCAAUAUAGUGCUUUUAUUUUCUUUGCUAGCUUAUGCAUUAUUAUUCAUUAGAUAAUUCUGUGUCAUGAUUCUGCUGCAUCAUGUCAUGUUUCUCGUGGUCUAGUGGCAGGAUCAUGACAGAACCCCAUGUUUCAUGUGGAGAGGGGUAAUGUUGGCCCUUAUGGCCUUCCAUACACCCUCUCCGGUCUCGUCUCCUCGUUAUUGCUCGUUUAUUGUUUCAUGCCCUUCACCUGUUCCCUCUUGAUUUGUUCCCCUACUUAAUGCCCUUGUGUCCUCUGUCUUGUGCUGGAUCAUCUGUGUUUUUACACUGGUCUUGUGCCUGUAUCAUCAUGUAAGUCUAGUUUAGUUAUUUUAGUCAUGUUUAGUGUGGUAAUUGUCCCGUCCCGUCCUGUCCUGUCUUGUGUAGUUAGUUUAUAUUCCUGUGUUCCCUUCCGGUUCCUACCAUUGCUGUUUUGUUGUUUUACCACCUUGUGGGUUUAAGUUUCAUGUUUUGUAUUUGGAUUAAAGCCUUUUGUUAACCCCUUA